AUGGAUCAGUUUGUACCAACUGAGCGAGAGCUUCAGGACACAUUACAGCUUUCCAUUGACUUGCGACACGAGAAAAAUAUAGACUCGGCCUAUCCAGAUUUACGAGACCGGCACAGGAAGCAGCAGAGAGUUGCGCAGCGCAACGCGCCCGGUCAAGGCAGCGCAGCCAGCCAAGGAAUUCAUCGAGUUGCGCAAAGUGACGCGGCAUCGGAAGACGAUAAAGCUGGUGAUGCAAGUGCAGCUCAUUGGCGUGCUGUACGUAGUUCUCUUCAAUCGUCGCCCAAUCUAGGACAGCCGCCGGGCAUCAGCGCACAUCACGAGUCCAGAAGGGUGUCCAAUGUUGCUCUAUCUUCGCCUAUCAUCCCUAGAGGCCAUCAUUUUGUACCGAGUGGUGCAACACCACCACGGCCAAUCUCUGGUACUGCUGUCGACAAUGCUUUCGACCCCACAAGUGCUGCCGAAUGGACACAAGAGCGCGUCCUCCAGUGGCUUGGAGACAACGGAUUCGGCUCCGAGUGGCAAGAAUCUAUCAUCCAGCACGGUAUCGAGAAAGAUCAGUUCUUAUCGCUCACCAGCUACCUGAAGGUUCGCAAAGUGGUGCCGUCAAGUAUGCAUGGCGCAGAGGCAGGCGCAAGGCUGUGCAAUGCUAUCAGGAAAAUGCUAGAGAGACACGAGCAGUCAGGUAGCGAAGAGAAAUCUGUGCAGGACAAGCAAUCUCGCGCUUUGAAAACGACUGCAUCGUUCGAUGAAGCGCAAAUGCCCAACGAAGGAAGCUACCUUUUGUCUGGAGAGCCUUCUCCAGUCAGCGAUGUAGGCUUAGUCCGUCCAAUUACCCUGGGUGGCAGCGAAGUGACAGGACCACUAGCUGCACUACAUUCAUUCGCGCAGAAACACCAGCGAAGUAGGUCAAGUGGGAAGGAUAAUCUGCGCGAGACGCCAUCGGAACAGAUCCUUGUGCCUCUUCAAGCCGCUCCACAAGCCAAGGAAAGCAGACUUUUUGCAAAUUCUGCAACAGCCCCGAUGCUAAAUACGAAGCCGCCUGCAGAGGACUCUUUCUCAAACAAAGCGACUUCUCCAGGUAGCCAGAAGCUACUGCACGCGCAACUGAUACAUGCUGGCUCUCCUCCGCUUUCAUCAGCAGAAGUCCCUCAGUUACCUUAUUUUUUGCUACCGCGGCAAGCGGUCCCUUCAAACAAGCGCAUCUUGCAAGUCACGCAAGACAAUGAAAGAUACAUUGUGGUUGACGUCUCUCAAUCUCAUCUUCAGGACGCGCAACAAUGCCGCGCACAUAUAUGCGAGCGCCUUGGAGCCAACUCUAAGGACUGCGAACUUCAUGUUACCGAGAUUGGUGGUGCAUUACACGAUUCCGCUCUUGACGAUGAGCAACUGCUGCUUGCAUGCUCAAUGACAAACGAGAAAGGGUCUAUCAAAUUGUUCGUUCGCACACCGCUGCUUUCAUCUCAUCCUGGCACGAGGCUAGCCCAAACACCGAAUGAGCUGUUGCUUGAUGCUCAAUUCGCAGAGGAUCACCACAAGCGAAAAUACAGGUCAGUGUCUAGCGACUACUUUGGCUUCAUCCAGCCCAAAGGCACAUCUCCACCGCAUGAGAAAGAUUCAGAAGAUCUCGUGAUUGGAAGUGGCCUUGAGAUUAAGCAACCAGUUGUUAAGGCCGCGACAGUGCAGCCAUCGUCACCCGCGAAGACUGUUCAGGCUACUCUGGAUCUUUCUGAGAAAGGGUUUAGAGUUCUACGUCCUAAGCAGGCAAUUGAUUUUGAUGCCAGACGAACAAGCCCAUACGAGCAACAGCGUUCGAAAAGCCAGCAGUCCCUUUUACAGCGCGAGGCAUCUUUAGUCGCGCAUCGCCCCGCUCCACGACCGCCGGCGUCCGCCUCACACAAGUGGCGAAAGUCACAGCAUGCUCUCGCCACAGGAAGUGAAGCACAUGGACCAGUUGGCCUCAAACAAGAAGCCAAAAAGAUUUCUGAUUGCUCAGAGUCUAGUACUAUAGGGAAGUCUAUGGACAGACCCAAAGUUGGCCUCUUUGAUGACGCUCCAGAUUUUGGUGAUUCAAGUGGGUCUGAUGAGGAUGAAGGGUGCUGGGCCGUCAAGCCAAAAGAUCCGCUACAACCUCGUGUCGAUCAUCCCGAGUCUGCCAAAAGCAUUUCUGCAGAAGAAAGCUUCCGUCAUCAGAGCAUGCGCUUGCGCCCAGGUCUGAAGCCCGCACAUCUGAAUCAGCCCGCCUCUCCUGAGAAGGAGCUCCGACGCUCGCCGUCGCCGGAAUUUCAUCGAGGUGAUGACCAGCUUGGGCUAGACUCACCGCUACCCACACCGGGUUCCUCAACAUCGGCGAAAGAAUUACCUAGCUCGGGAGUCGCAUCGUCCCCAUCUAAGUCCACACGGUCCAGACCAUCUACAGCACAAGCGAGUAUUGACACACCACUCACCGCUCCUGGCAGUCGGGAGAGAUCCGGCUCAAAUGCUUGGACAAUUCGUCCUCCAGCUGAACAAGUUUAUGAGAAUCUCCAAGUCUUCUUCCCUAACCAUGAUCUUGACAAGCCAAUCAUUGCUGAUGGCUUUGAUGGUGCAAAUGGCGGCAGCAUUUCGAAGGCCACUCAGAUGCCCGAAGAAGUCAAAAGGGACCCUACACGCAUGAAGAGCAUUCGUUUCGUUGCUGGUGAAGCGAAUGAGGCGAGGAAACGAUUCAAAAGCAUUGCGAAUGGUGUUCGCGCUGCCAAUUUACUGCGGAAACGUUCCACGAAGGUGUGGGGUUCGAGAGCCAUAGAGGUGACGCCCAGCUCUCUCAAGAAGCAAAUUCCCAUCAUACCAGAGGCCACAGAAGUUUCUGUGAAACGUGCACCAACUUUUAAGUGGCUCAAGGGUGAGUUAAUUGGAAAAGGCACUUAUGGGCGAGUAUAUCUUGCGAUGAACAUCACCUCCGGGGAAAUGUUGGCAGUCAAGCAGGUUGAUGUACCUCACAGAGAUGUCGAGCUGCAUUCGAGUCAAAAGGCAAUCAUCGAGACGCUCAAUGCAGAAAUCGAGACGAUGAAGGACCUUGAUCAUCUGAAUAUCGUUCAAUAUCUUGGGUACGAGCGUACAGAAGACAAGAUCUCCAUUUUCCUUGAAUAUGUGCCAGGCGGUUCAGUAGGCGGUUGUCUGAGACGACAUGGAAAGUUUGAAGAGUCGGUAAUCCGAUCUUUGACCCGUCAAACGCUACUUGGCCUUCAGUAUUUGCACAUCCGCGGUAUUCUGCAUCGCGAUCUAAAAGCAGACAACUUACUUCUCGAUCCUGAUGGCACUUGCAAAAUAUCAGAUUUCGGGAUAUCAAAACGAAGUCAGGAUGUUUACGGUAAUGACGCCAAUAUGUCAAUGCAAGGAACCAUUUUCUGGAUGGCUCCCGAGGUUGUGCGCACCAAGAAGCAGGGAUAUAGCGCAAAAAUUGACAUCUGGUCUUUGGGUUGCCUUGUGCUGGAGAUGUUUGCUGGGCGCCGCCCGUGGUCCAACGAAGAGGCCAUAUCAGUACUGUAUACCCUCGGGACUGGACGGCCUCCUCCGAUCCCAAAAGAUGUGAUUGACAGUAUAUCAGCAGAGGCAAAAGACUUUUUGGCCAAGUGCUUCACCAUUGAGCCGUCAGAGAGACCAACCGCAGAGGAUUUGCUGGCCCAUCCUUUCAGCCAGGAGCAACCUGCUUUCCGUUUCGCAAACAGCAGAAUAGGGAAGAUCAUCAGCAAAGCAGCAGAUAACACUAGAUCGAUCAAGCAGUAA